CCAAUUUCCCCUCUCGGUCUCAGAGAGCUUCCUCUCUCUCUCUUUCUCUCUCUCUCCGAUCAUGGCCCUGCCUGCCUAUCCACUUCCCCUCACCUGAUCAUGUUUUACUCCUGAUACUUCAUUGAAUGGUUCAAUUGCUGAGCUCUAUUCUAAUCUACCAUAACUAAACAACCGUCUCCCCGCAAACACCAUCAUCCACCCUUCUAUCCAACGACAUGCCCUCCGACAACCCCCCAGUCGGGGAAUCCGCCCCGGACCUCGAGAUCGUAGGCAAUAAGCUGACCAUCCACCCAAGCGGCGUGACAGGCGGACCCGAACCGCAAGACGACCAGAUCCCCGAGCGCAACCUGGUCCGCCACAUGGCGCGCUUCCGCGAGAACCCCUUCGACUUCCUCCGCGAAGUCAGCCUCUACAUGUCCGGCACCGGCUGGCGCGCCUACGACGACGUCAUCGGCCAGCCCAUCUUCUACCCGGGCUUCUCCGACCGCAUGAAGGCCCGCAUCCUCGCCAGCCCGCUCCUGCAGGGGAAAGUGAAGGAAUUGGCUGAGCUUAGACUUGCCGUCGAGGAGAAGGAGGGGCUUCUGGAUGUGAAUCCCGGGCCUGUGGAGGCUAAGAAGGUGCAUCGGCGGAGUGAGAUUGAGAGUCAUCUCAAGGAGGUCGUUGACUCCAUGCUGGAUAAUAUGAUUUGCAAGAUGGAUAGUAAGCGGUUUAUUCGGGGCGCGUAUUAUGUGGCCACGCAGUUGUUGACUAGGGCUUAUCAUCAGGGCAUUCAUGUAUCGAGCGAAGAAGUCCUGCGAUUGAGGUCCGUUGCUGAGGAGGCUGCUCGGAAGAAAAGGUCGAUUGUUUUCCUGCCGUGUCAUAAGUCCCAUGUGGACUAUGUUUCGCUUCAGUUGAUCUGUUAUCGUUUGGGCAUUGGUUUGCCCGUCGUGGUGGCUGGCGAUAACCUCAAUUUCCCCGUCGUGGGCCCGUUCUUGCAGCAUGCAGGCGCCAUGUGGAUUCGCAGGAGUUUUGGCAAUGAUCCCCUCUACAAUACCGUCGUGCAGGCGUACAUCGACACGCUACUACAGCAGGGAUUCAACUUUGAGUGUUUCAUUGAAGGUGGCCGCUCACGCACGGGAAAGCUCUUGUCGCCGAAGUUUGGCAUCCUCAGCUUUAUCUUGGAUAGUGUCUUGUCGGGUCGCGUGGAGGACACCAUCAUCUGUCCUGUCAGCACGCAGUAUGACAAAGUCCUUGAGACUGAGUCCUACAUCAGCGAGCUGCUGGGUCAGCCGAAACGGAAAGAAAACCUAGCCGACUUCCUUUCAUCGUCGUCGGUUCUUUCUCUAAAGCUAGGUCGGGUAGACGUGCGCUUCCACGAGCCAUGGAGCCUGCGAGAAUUCAUCACUCAGCAGUUGACACGGCUGCCUGACCAGAUCGGGGAGAUUGGAGGCCAGAAGCUGAGUAAUGUGGAGAGGGGCCGCAUCCUGAGGUCACUGGGGUACCGGGUGUUGUCCGAUAUCAACAAUGUGUCCGUGAUGAUGCCGACCGCCCUAGUGGGAACGGUACUGCUCACCCUUCGUGGCCGUGGUGUGGGCAAAGGAGAGCUGGUCAGACGAGUUGAAUGGCUCUGUGAACGGGUCAAGGCGAAAGGAGGCCGCGUUGCCCACUUCUACAGAUACCCCACUGAGGUCGUUGUCGACCGCGCUCUGGAGGUCCUGGGACCCCAGAUUGUGGGCAAGGUAACGGGACUUGUCGAGCCGACGUACUACGCCGUAGACCGCUUCCAACUCUCCUUCUACCGCAAUAUGACGAUUCAUCUCUUUAUCACCGAAGCCCUGGUAUCGGCGGCCAUGUACACGAGAAUCAAGCAAGGCGGCGGGCCGUCCUACCAGCGGAUGUCAUUCACCGAUCUGAUGAACCAGGUAUCCUUCCUCUCGCAGCUCUUCCGCGGCGAGUUCAUCUUUCCUCCCGAAGGUCUAACCACCAACCUGGAGAAAACACUCCUGGGAUUCGAAAAAGACAAUGUGAUCACCGUCAGCCGGGAUCCGUCCUCCGGCAAACCGCUCACCGUCGAACUCAGCGAGGCGGAGCGCCAAUGCGGCCGCGAGAACUACGACUUCUACUGCUUCCUCAUCUGGCCCUUCAUCGAAGCGUCUUGGUUAGGGUCCGUCUCGCUUCUGGGACUGACCCCCCCUUUGGACUUCCCGAAGGAUGUCUGGAUCGAUCUAAGCAAAGCGCAAGACAACGCCCAACUCCUGGGCAAAACUCUCUACCACCAAGGCGACCUCUCCUACUUCGAAGCCGUCAACAAAGAGACCCUCAAGAACUCCUACCAACGCUUCGCAGAAGAAGGCAUCAUUCACAUCGCCAAGAGCAAAGAAUCCAAGGCCUCGUCCGUGCGCCUCGCCCCGGAAUGGACCCCCGAACGUGACCCAGCGACAGGCAAGGUGCUUCCGCGCGGCCGUCUGUGGGAUUUUACGGAGUUGAUUGCGCAGUCUAGACGUGAGGGCAAAAACCGCCGCGACGGCGCAACAGUCUCCUCGCGCGUCAUGCGCAUGUCCGACCUCGUAGGCCGCAAGUUGUUCGAGGACGCGGCCGGGCCGACGCCCGCUGAGGAGGUGGAUUUUUCUGUGCAGCAGGUGCGCCGGAAGGCGAUUGCGCCGACGGCGAAGUUGUGAGGCUGCAUUUCAAGGACCUCGCAGCUGGACAGAUGCUGCAUGAUGCUGGAUAUACACAUUAUAAUGACUAUGUUGGACAUACCAGGUUCUAU